AUGAGUGACAGAUAUCACAAGGCUGCUCGGGAUGGUUACCUGGAUCUGCUGAAGGAAGCAACCAAGAAGGACCUGAACUCCCCCGAUGAGGAUGGCAUGACUCCCACUCUCUGGGCGGUUUACCAUGGCAACCUGGAGGCCGUCAGGCUGAUCAUCAGCAGAGGCGGUGACCCUGACAAGUGUGACAUCUGGGGGAAUGCGCCCCUUCACCUGGCAGCUGCCCACGGCCACCUGAACCUCCUGUCAUUCCUGGUGUCUUUCGGAGCGAACAUCUGGUGCCUGGACAAUGACUACCACACACCAUUGGACAUGGCUGCCAUGAAGAACCACAUGGAGUGUAUCCGCUACCUGGACUCCAUCGCUGCCAAGCAGAGCCAACUAAACCCGAAGCUGGUGAGUAAGCUGAAGCGCCAAGCCUUCCGUGAGGCCAACAAACGGAUCAAGGAGUGCGCCAAGCUGCAGGAGAGGCACCGCCGUCAGAUGGAGAAGAGGCACAGGAGGGAGAUGCUGGAGAGCUCGGACACCUUGAGCUUCUCCAGCUUUGCCAGCGGCAGCAGCCUAGGCCGCAGGCUUCAGGGCCUGGCCUUGGGGCCUUACUCACUCGGGCCCUCAGCUUCCGCCACGGCCAAAGGAGGCAAGAGCAAGAUGCAGAGGAGGCUGGAGAGGAGGAAGCAGAUGGAUAGCACCUUCAAGGUGCUGGAGGACGGCCGGAGGAGUGUGCGCUCGCUCUCAGGCCUGCAGCUAAGCAGUGAGGUGAUGUCGGUCAGACCGCCCGGGCAGCACUCCAGUCCCCGGGGUAACGGUCGCCGUAAUAUCCGCGACAUGUUCAGCCCGGAUGGAGCCAGCGAGCCCGGCCUGGGACCCACGGACACAGCCGGCUCGGAGGUCAGCACUGACUCAGGGCACGAGUCCCUCUUCAACCGACCUGGCCUGGGCACCAUGCUCUUCCGCAGGAACUACGCAAGUGGUGGUCUCUUUGGCCUAGGCCUGAGCUCGGGCCUAGGCCUGAGCUCGGGCCUGGGGGAUCAGGAGGACACAGACCCUGUGGAAGCAGGCCCAGGCCCCGGCCGCUCCCCUAGCCUGGAUGACAGCAUCGGCAGUGCCCGGAGCCUACAGGAGGCUGCUGAGGUAGAGGACCAGCCAUCCUGGUUGGGCCUGGAGCUGGGUCCUGAGCCUGACGCUGACAGCAGCCCCCUGGAAACAUUCUUGGCCUCCCUUAGCAUCUCUGAAUUGGUGCCAGUCUUCAGCAAGGAGCAGAUUGACCUUGAUGCCCUGGUGCUGUGCUCCGAUGAGGAUCUGAAAAGCAUCGCCAUCCCCCUGGGGCACAGGAAGAAAAUUCUGGAGGGUGUCCAGAAGAGGCAGCAGGCCCUAGAACGGCCUGACAAACUAGAGGACACCAGCCUGUGA